AUGGAGGUUACCAGCGCGAGCUUCUCAGAACAAGCCAUCCAUAUCAUCCAGCAAAUUGCCGACAGUCGCUUUAUCGCUUUGGAUCUCGAGUUCUCGGGUGUUGCGGGAAGACGUCCAGCUGGAGGCUCUGGAAAGCUGUCACUGCAAGAAUAUUACCAAGACCUGAGAGCGGCAGCCCAAAUCUAUCAGGUCCUACAAGUCGGGUUGACGAUUGUAACUGAGGAUAUCGAGAAAGGACAAUAUGUCGCUCGCCCUUACAACUUUGAUCUCUGCCCGUUGCCAGCGACGAAGGAACAAGUUUUUCGACGUGUAUGGUCGUACAACAGCGGCGCAAUCUCUUUUUUGAUACGCAAUGGCUUCAACAUCGACCGUCCCAUUUUGCUGGGCGUGCACUAUCUGUCGCGGCAAGAGGAACAGCAGGUCCGCAAGAAGCUAAUCGAAGACGACCAAGCAAGACGGAACAUUCCGGAUAUGGUGUUGAAAGAGGACGAUUCAGUUCUGGUGGAACACAUCAGACAGUCUAUCCGAGACUGGCAGGCAACGCCCAAGGAGAAGCAAGAGCCAUACGUGAACGUUCCCGCCGAACGUGCUCCAGAACCCGUACCGCUAGUUCUGAAUCGAUACCAAGUCCGGCUAACGCACCAGAUUGUAAGAAACGAAUACCCCAAGCUCAAAACACAGGGAAUGGGCCAUUUUGUCCAGAUCACAAAUCCGACUGCCGAGCAACAAGCAGAUGAGAAGGAGAUGCGCGAACAGUUUCACGAGCGUGAGGUCUUGAACGCCAUAGGGUUCCGAUGGAUCAUCGAAGCGAUUGCGGGUGGUGAUAUCUCGAGGAUGCCGCACUUUUACGUGCAAGCAGCUUACCCAGAAGGCGAGGCGCCUGGCAAUAUCCAAGGUUUCCUGGAUAACGUCCAGUCGAGGCUCCGGAGUCACAAGCGAGCUCUUGUAGGCCACAAUUGUCUGACGGAUCUUGUUAACCUAUACCGUUGUUUCAUCGGCGAUCUACCAGACCGAGUCGAAGACUUCAGUACAAGGCUAAAAGAACUGUUUCCUAUCCUCAUGGAUACGAAAUACAUAGCCGGCCUUGGGAACAAGAGUUGGGCCGAUACCUCCCUCAGGGCCGUCGAAAGUGACCUCUUCUCAGUCGACGUACCUCGCAUCGUUCUGCCUCCGAAAUUCGAUCGCUAUCUCCACGCUGCGAAUUACCACGAGGCUGGUUUCGAUAGCUACGUCACUGCAAAGAUUGGUCUCAAAAUACCUGGGAAGUUGAAAAGAGAACGCAAAGACAUCAAAGCAUUGGUCGAAGCUUCCGCUCCUGCAUCUACCGAGGACCCGCGUCCAGCAGUUGAGAAGACUCAGUACGAUAUUGGAACUGGUGGUGUUCCAGAGGGGCAAGACCAGAAGGUCGGCAUAACCAAAACGAUAGUGGAAGCGAUCAAGGCACCGGCGACAAUGGUCAAGUCUAUCUUGACCAGCUCGGAGAGCAGUACUCGGAAAGCGUCAAUUAUUCCUGUCCAGAAUCCAUCCAGUACAGAUGAGACCACUAGCAGAAGUCAAAAUACCGUUCAGCUGCCCAGAGUGGGAAUCAAGAAGUUAAAGACGAUAUCUCAGAAGUCUAACAUAUUCGACAUGCUUGAAGACGACGCCUCUGGGGACGAAGCCCAGGACGAUUCCCAGAGGCAAAUUGAGCAAGAACAACAACGAAUCGCUCAGAUGGUGGAGGAGGGUCGUUUGUUGCCUCGAUGGGAGGACACCGAGUUCUGGAAGCUGGUCAGCAACAAACUGCAAGCUAAUGCUUGCCAGGAGGGCAUUCUUGAUUUGUCACGUCGCAACUAG